AUGCAAAGCGAAAGUAAUUGUGAAUCGGAUAGUGGUAGUGCCGGGAAAAAAGCUCUACGAACACCGAAAUGUGCAAGGUGCCGCAAUCAUGGGGUCAUUUCGUGUCUUAAGGGACACAAACGCUUAUGCCGAUGGCGUGACUGCCGGUGUCCAGGUUGUUUGUUAGUGCUGGAGAGACAAAGAGUCAUGGCUGCUCAGGUGGCGCUUCGUCGUCAGCAGGGUGCGGGAACAACGCGAGGCAGUGAGGCUGCAGCACUAGCCGCUCGCAAGAGAGCGUACCGGGCUCGUUUACGUUGUAUGCAGAUGUCCCGAGCUUACCCUGUACCGCCACCCAAUUAUGUAUUGAAUAACAACAUAUCAUACGGAACUAUGUCCCAAAACUGUCUGCAAAACUUAAGCAAUAUCAGACUUCUAAGCAGCGAUCCAGCAUGGACGGAACGCGUACGAAGGCGGAAGGCGUUCGCAGACGCAGAACUGGAGAAGGAGGUUCCGCAAUCUCUCCCCGGUGUCGGCCCCGCGCUGACCACGCCACCGGCAGCGAUGCUCUGCACUCAUUUACUCGCCGCCCUGCUCACUAACUAUGCACCCUUACCCCCGUCACCGCCGCGACCGAAGAUAUCAUUUUCUAUUGAAUCUAUUAUUGGAGUACAAUAA